UAGCCGAGCCUAUUUCAGUGUUGCACACUGUUUUGUUUACCUGAGCUGUGAGCUAGCCUAGCUAGUAACGAAGAGCCCCUGUAGACCAACUGCUGCUGAACUUCUACCGACAUGAAACCGGCCGUGGACGAGAUGUUUCCUGAAGGAGCGGGACCCUAUGUGGAUCUGGACGAGGCAGGGGGCAGCAGCGGUCUACUGAUGGAUCUGGCAGCCAAUGAAAAAGCAGUGCACUCUGAUUUCUUUAAUGACUUUGAGGAUCUGUUCGAUGAUGAAGACCUGCAGUGAUGACAGCAUGAAAACUGCCUGAGCUUCACUGUGAACGUGUGAAUAAGAAAAUGAAAGCCGGCUCAUCCUGGCCUCUAUUUCUGCUGUAUUUAUAUCCCUAACAUGUCCUUCAGCACCACGCGUAAAUAAAGACUUCUCUGUUUUUUGUACUAAAA